AUGUGCUAUUUGGGUUGAGAACUGUGAUUCAAAAUAUUUGCCAAAUGUUGAUAUUGAAAACCUGAAAAAACGUUUUAAAUUAUGUGCAUUGCAUUUUGAAGAUCGAAUGUUCAAUUUCCAAAAGAAUAGACUCUUAUCCAAUGCAGUACCAACUAUAUUUAAAAAUAAACCUCCAGUAAUAAAAACAGUCACACCUCAAAAAGUUUAUGAAACUAUUACAAUAGAUGAUGACGACGUCUCACCUGCUAUCCCAGUACAUGUACAAACGUCUUGUUCAAAAUAUGAUCAGGCGAACAUUACCAAAAACUUGUUUGAUGUGCCAACAUCUACUGGAAUUGUAAAAAAUUCAGUAAGUCUUCAAACCCCAAAUUACUUAUCAGCCAAUUCGCCAAGGAAACUUAAGCUUAAGAAACAACUAGCUGAAGAAGUAAGUUUGAAGAAGCAGUUAGUAAAAACUGUCAAUGAAUUGAAAAGACAAUUAGAGCAAACAAACUCUGAAGAUAAUUGUCUCAAGUUGUGUGAAAUGUAUUUGCCCUCAACAAUGUAUAUGUUGGUAAAAAAUUAUUUGACAAAUAAAAAUAAAACACCAAAUGGCCAACGACAUCUCAAUGAAAUUAUACAAUUUGCACAUACAGUUCAUCAUCUUGGACCUAAAGCUUAUUAUUUUCUUCAAAAACAUUUUACUCUUCCUCAUAUGCGUACUUUAAGGAAAAAAAACAUUCAAAAUGUUGACAAAAAUAUUCAAAACAUUGUUCAAAAUGACCAUAGGUACAGUAAAAUUUAAUAGUACCUAUUAAAAACUAAUAUUUUUAAAUUGUAAUCUAAGACUGAUUUGGGGUCAAAAAACAUA